UUUUUCAGGACAUUUUUCAUAUACAACCCUUUCUGUCGUCAUACCUCAGUAAUAUUCCCUAUUUGUUUUCAGAACUCUAGUAAUCUCAUAUUUACAAUUUAAAGGGACCUAAUUGCAAAGUUGUACACCAAACCAAAAGGUACUCCUUUUAUUCUACCCUCAUUCUUCAAGAAUUUUGAAUUGUGGAAUGCCCUUCUUCUCUUCUGUUUUCUCCAUAAAACUCUCUCAUCAUCUCUCCUCACUUCCUCUCUCCUCUGCUUUACUCUCUCUCUCUCUCUCUCUCUCUGUGCACUCGUAGCCUCCGUAAUGGGGACCGCCGGCGGAGGUCCAGUGAUGGAUCCUCACGGCGACAGGGCGGCGGUCGUGAGCGAAGGAUCGCGGUCGUCCAUUGCUUUUGAGACUAAUGAAGGUAUGAGCUUCCAGUCUCUUUUCGAUGGACUGGACAAAAGAGAGGCUGAUGAUCCCUGCCAGUACCUUCCAGCUAUACGGACCCCAGGUGAAACUGGUCAAUCGGUUGAGACCCGAACUGCAUGCUGCAACGUCAGAACAUUGUCUGACAGGAAUGCAUGCUUUACUUGCAACAGCAUACAAGAAGCACAAGCUCAGACGGUCAAAGGGACACUUUUGGUAAUGUGUGUGCAUCGUUUAUGGCUUGCUCUUUUUGAUCGCUCAUGAGGUCGCAUGCGAAGGAGACUAUUCUGAAGGGUGGAUUGGGCUUUUCUCCAGGUGUUUCAGGAUUUCGGGUAUUGAUUUGGCUGCUAAGUGACCCCCAAUUGAGCUCUUGUGGUGAUUGGCGAUCAUGGAUGAGAUUAUUCUGCCAGUGAACUGUAAUUUUCUUGCAGAAGAGGACAACCGAAGGAGACCAAGGGAGUCUGGGAUUGAAGGGGAAAAGGUUGGGCAGGUGACAAGUAGGAUGGAGGAGAUAUCUUAAACUAGAAAACUAUCAUGAAAAAGACUAGUAAGAUGAAGGGGAUAUCUAAAAUUUCUGAGGGGUGGUGACAACAGUCAUUGCUGGGGAAUUGACAUAACUGCAGCAGCGAGGUUAUCACUUGUUAGAUACCUGCGGAGGGAGAAUAUCUUUCCUGAGGCUUGACGAACCUGAAUUCCACUACUACAUGAAGCCUGGAGACUGUAAGUUUGGUGCGAGUUUCAUCAUCCUAAUCCCAAAUUGUGUCUUAAGUCCACUGGGUCUUCCCUUGCGUCCUGUAAGUUGACUGUAAUCGAUAGGCCUCAUUGGCUAGUCCUGUGCCUUCCGGUUUGUUAUGAAGUCCUAAACCUUUGUUACUGACGCAAUAAAUUUAUUGGGCUCAGUACCUCUUGCAACUCCACAGUUUAAUCGCAUUGAGUCCCGGAACUGUGAAGGUCGAGCAACAAGCGAGGCGAUUAAACACCAGGAUAGUGAAGCAGAAGCAACACAUGAGAUGAUUAAACCCCAGAGUUCUGGAGAUGGAGCAACAAGCGAGGCACUAAACCCAAGACUCGUGAAGCUGGAGAAACACAUGAGGUGAUUAAUCCUUAGCAUUGUGAUGCUGGAGCAACAAAUGAGGCGAUUCAACCCGAGAAUUGUGGUACUGGAGCAGCAAAUGAAGGCUACCAGGAAUAUGUUCCAGCAAUCAAAUGCUGUGACUAUUAUGAGAACAUAAUCCGAGCACUCAACACCUAGACCUGACCCCAGAGCCACAUCAGCAGCCUCUUGUGGCGUUCAGCUUGAAGUCGGAAAAUCUCAUCAAUGAGACGGAGGUGAUCAUCGAGGAGGAAAAGAGUGGAAGCUUCGUAUGUCGAAGAAUGUUGAAUUGUCGACAAUGCCCUUGGAUGAGGUAUAUUGGAUAUUUGAUGCGAUGAAUUUUAUUGUUAAAAGUUCAGUAUUUCUUUCUUUUAUUGUAUUUUCUCAAUAUUAGUCCCCCAAAUCUUUAUUAUUUUAAGAUUAGACCCUCAAAUAAUUGAAAUUACUGUUAGAUCCCCCAUUAUCAUAGAUUAUUUCAAAUUAAUCUCUAAUUAAAUAGCAGUAGCAUGAUAUAAGAAUUUGGGGAUCAAUAAUAAUUUCAAUGAUCUGGGUUACUAAUUUCAACGUAUCAAAGAUUAAGUGAGUAGAAAAAAAAUCUUCUUUUUCAA